AUGGCUAUUACAAAAGUCGCCGUCGCCGGAGGCACUGGCAACCUCGGCCCAGCAGUCGUCAACGCCCUGGUGGAAGCCAACUUCCAAGUAACCCUCCUGAGUCGCUCCUCGACACACGAGAUCGACUCCCGAGUAAAGAUCCAAGUAGUCGACUAUGACUCCCUAGACUCCCUCGUCACAGCUCUCACAGGCCAAGACGCAGUGGUCGACGUCCUCCCCUCGGGAUCCAUCUCCGUCGAGAUCCCUCUCCGCCUUAUUAAAGCCGCACACAAAGCCGGCGUCCAGCGUUUCAUCCCAUCAGAAUAUGGCUGUGACACCUCUCACCCCCUCACCUCUAAGCUCCCCGUCUUCGGCGACAAAGUCACUGUCGUCAACCGGCUCAAGGAGAUCUCGGCACAAGAUAGCGCAUUCACUUACACGCCUGUCAUUACGGGACCCUUCUUCGACUGGGGAUUAAAGAUGAAGUUCACCGUCAACCUAUCCGGACCGUCAACUCCCAUCUACGACGGCGGCGAUACGCCGUUCAGCACAACUACUCUUGCAGGUAUCGGACGUGCUAUCGCCGGUGUAUUGGAGCACCCCGAUGAGACGAAGAACCGAAAUGUUUACGUCUCACAGGCAGAGGUGACACAGAAUAAGCUUCUCGCGUUGUCCGGGAAAUCGAUUGAGCGUGAGGAUAUUAGUACUGCGGAUCUGGAGAAGAAGGCGUAUGAAGCUGUUAAGCUUUCUCCGCCUGAUUUCAGGACUUUUGCUGUUAAUUUGAUUCGACUGGCAAUUUUUAACCCUGCUUAUGGCAGUGCAUUUACUAAGACGGAUAAUGAGUUGCUGGGGGUUCAUAAGUUUUCGGAGGAUGAGAUUGUGGAUUUAAUUAAACAAUACUCUUGA